CACUCUGCAGUCCCGUUAGCUCAUUGUUAUUCAGUCCGAGAGAGUGAGCGAGGGAGAGAGAGGGCUAGUGAGGGGGAAAGAGAGGAGACAUUGUCCGGGUAGAGGGAGAGAGGUAGAAUGCACAACUGAGGUUGCAUGCGUUAAUUAUCGUUUUCUACAGAUUACAAAUUGAAGUGGGAAUGUAAAUCUUGGGGAAUUAACCGCGAUUUUACAAUCUUUUGACCUGGCCGUGUGAGCGUGAAGGCAUGAGUUUAAUCUGGCCAACAAUGAGGAGAGGUACAGAACGGCACCAAAAAUCUGACCUCAAUUUGAGUGAAUAAGGCUUGAGAGAGAGAGAGAGAGAGAGAGGGUGGGGGGGAGAGGGUAAAGCGAACGAGGGCACUGAAGGGGGGAAAUUGAGAUUUAGUGCAGUGGUGGGUUCAACCAUCCACCCCCACAAACGACGGGGGAAAGUGGAAGGCUACAGCGUCCCGAGUGAAAAAAAAGUAGACAAAGCCGAACGGAGUUAUAACGAGUCGUCUUUUUCUACGAUGAUCACAGAGACGGGGUGCCAAAUCCACUACCAUAACGUCUGAUAUUACAGUCUGAGAGGCUGCUGGCAGCGCAACAGGGGAAACGCAAUGUCUCGCUCUGAUGAGGUCAACAAGAUGACUGAAAACGUAUACAAGGGGAUCCUGGACCAGUUCAAUCCCAGUCUAAAGAACUUUGUUGCCAUGGGGAAGCAUUAUGAAAAGGCCCUUGCAGGAGUGACUGUGGCUGCCAAGGGCUACUUUGAUGCACUGGUCAAACUAGGAGAACUGGCCAGCGACAGCCAGGGAUCAAAGGAGCUGGGUGACACACUGUUCCAAAUGGCAGAAGUGCACAGGCAGAUCCAGGUCCAGCUGGAGGAUGUGCUGAAGCUCUUUCAUUCGGAACUCCUCACUCAGCUGGAGCAGAAGUUAGACUUGGACAUCAAAUACUUGACUGCGACACUGAAGAAGUACCAGAGCGAGAGGAAGUCUAAGGCGGAGUCCAUCGAGCGCUGCCAAUCCCAGCUGAAGAAACUGCGCAGGAAGAGUCAAGGAAGCAGACACCCCAACAAAUAUGGAGACCGAGAGAUGCAGUAUGUUGAGCUGAUGAGCAGACGACAGGGGGAGCUGGACACGCUGGUUGCCGUGGGUUACCGCUCGGCCCUGACGGAGGAGCGGCGGAGGUACUGCUUCCUAGUGGAUCGGCAGUGCGCCGUCACCAAGCUGCUCAUCAACUACCACUGUAAGGUGAGGGAGCUCCUCUCUCAGAAACUGUCAUCAUGGCAACAGUCGUGUUCUCAGCCCACAAAGCUUCCAGAGAGAGCGCUCAACCUGCUCCGCCACACCGCCCCACAGACCUCAGGGGCUUCUGGGAUAGCUGAGGUCCUCCGGCAUGCUAAGCUGGGGGCAGCACAACCAGGGGAACAGAGGCUAUCUGUGCAGGAAGUCCCGCCUUUACUCAAUGGUGAUCGCUCUCAGCAACAGCGCAUCGUCCAGUCCUCGCAGAGCGAUAGCCUGUCCCAGACUUCCCCUGGGCCCCAGAGCUUCCGAGCCCUGACCGCUGCCCUGACAGACCCUCUUCACACUUCUCCUAGCAGCAGCAAUGGCAGCACCACCACCGCCAGCACCAGCAGCUCUGGAGGACCAGCCCUAUCCCAGCAUGCACCUCUGUAUGUCACCACCUCCAGCAGCUCUAGCCUGCAGUGUCCGCUGACGUCUUUGCCCCCCGUCCUGACCCUGAGCCCCGGACCUCCGUCCUCACACAGCAGCCCGAUGCAAGGCCUCACUUCCGCGCCCCACAGCCCUCCACUGCCCCACAGUGCACCUCUCUCCAGGGCCAUGACCCCCGUGCCCUCUGGGCACCCGGGCAUUGGCAGCUCUCUGCCCAUCGGUCACCCCCAGAUGAUGAAGGCCACAGAGGUGUACGCCACCUCAACACUGCCUCUACCCAGAAGACCCAUCAGUGAAGCACGAAUUGGAGGUGUGGGCUCUACUCUUCCUCGAGUGCUUCCUCUGUCUCCACCAACCCGAGUAGAGGCCCAGUUUGCCCACGCUCCUUCCACCUCUAUUGGGGGAGGACUGGGAGGAGGAGGAGGAGGUGGUGGGGGGUCGUGUCUGCUGCCCUUCCUCCCAGGAGACAUCCUCAUCCUCCUCAUCAGUGAGCCCAGGGACGGCUGGCACUAUGGCCAGAAUGAGCGGACAGGACGGAAAGGCUGGUUUCCUUUCUCUUACACUCAACCUUUCCCCAGCUCAGCAGAUCAGCAGGAGCAAAGGUGCGGAAACACCUCUCUCCUGCUGUCCAAGGUUAACAGCACCAGCACCGGGCAGCUGGACAAGCUGGAGAAGCUGAUUCCGUCCGGCCCGCUGCUGCUGAGCCCAGACUCAGAGGACGAGGGCUCGGUCUCCUCCCAGAGGGUCAGCACCUUCAGGCCCCGUCCCUACAGCAUGGUCAACCCGGACACCAACCAGCAGACUGCUGCUAAAGCGGUCCACAGACAACAGAUGGGCAGAGUAAAAGUAGAAGAUCUCAUCUGAGUUUGCCUCACCACCUCCCUCACCAACCAGGACCAACCCCUUUGCUCACAUCCGCCUCAGGAAGACGGUGACCAACGACCGCUCGGCACCCGUCAUUGAGUAGGACACGACGUGUCUAUAGAAGGAUCAGCUCGCUGGGCUUUGGAAACUGAUAAAGCAGUCAUAAAAUAAUGACUCACUAAAUGCUUGUUUGGUGACUAGGGUGCUAUCAGGUGUGCUAACAGCUUCUCACUCUACAGUCCAAUACUGGCAGUGUCUACGUUAGUGAGAAAAAAAUUGAUGAUUUAAUGAUGAGAUGAUUUUCAUCAAAACUUUGCUAAUUUUUUAAGUUACUUUCUUUCCUAACAUUCAAAUUUCCAAUUUAGAAAAUUCCCUGGAAAUGAAAAUCAAUGAAAAUGCAUUAUGGAAUAGCUAUUAGGAACCAUGUUUUAUAGUGGUUAACAAUAUUUGCUAAUAUACGCAUAAUGUCUUCAUUUUAAUAUCAACUUUCACACUGGAAUGUGCCAUAGAGAUGUCAUUCUGUUGACCUAAGCUUACUUUAGUAUGGCUGUUUCAUUAACAUGGUUGUUUCCAUGGAGGAGUAGUUUAUAAACAGGCAUUGUGCACGGAUUUGCAGCCUCUUCACGCUGUAAACGGGGUCCAGGUUCUGAGUGGAGCACUGAAUAGUCUGUCAGACUGUACAGAAUGUGCAUAGCAUAGCAUUAACGCUGGUAAACUGUUGAAAGUCUAUAUAUAUAUAUAUAUAUAUAUAUAUAUAUAUAUAUAUAUAUAUAUAUAUAUAUAUAUGUGUGUGUGUGUGUGUGUGUGUGUGUGUGUUUUUGCUUUUGUGCCACUUCCAUACCUGAGGCUUAUGCUCUCUGAAGUGUUGCAUAUGAAAUUUACUUGUCUUCUUUGUGUCCACUUCUUAAACAUAUAGCUCAUAAUGGGUAAAUGAUUAAUAUAAACCCUAUAAUCUUGGUGUAAAUGUAGCGUAUGUCUUUUGCUAAGGGGGACAGCAAUGGAGAUAGGAGUUGAAAUUGUAUAGCAGUCUUCAUAACCACAAAGUAUUACUGCAUAAUACAUUUGCAUCUUAAAUAUGUUCUUUGAAAUGUUUCAGCAUCAGUCGCCUAUAAUAUUAGUUUUUUCCCCUUCUUUUUAACACAUAGGGAUCUGAAUUUUUGAUUAUAGGCUAAUUUAUAGGCAAAUAAUAUCUGCUUAUUUUCUCAUGCCUUUAAGUGUUGAUUUUAAGUUCAGCAAUGAAUGAACUUAAAUGAUUAUUUGAACUACAGUUAGACAAGAGAACAUUGUUAAUGUGUCAAAAGUGGCCAACUCAAUUUUUAAAUUAAAUAUUGUCUUGUAUGGUUGAGGUACUCAGUAGCAAAGGAAGUGAGUCGAUGGAUGUGGAAAGCGGCAGUUUUAUCUGACUGGAAAGAGAUGUUUGGACAUUUUAAAUGUCUGUGGUGAUGAAAAUGAAAGCAAGAAUUAAGAUGGAUAUCACCAAUAGUCUUUAUGUUUUCCCCCACUGUCUCUGUAGUUGAAACGUACAGUAGCUUGUUUCCAGAUCACCAUCAUAAGUCAGACCUGAUAGGUUAUCAACUGUGUGGACUGAAAAGAAACUACAGACCAUAUUUCAUCUUCUGAUGUACACCUGUAUAUUGUGUGUGGCUAUCUGAAGGUAGACCAUGGUCAAAAGCUAGGGGUAAGAGGGCUAAGGCUGGAGAUGUGACGUGACAAAUGGAAUGGAAAGUGUGGAGUGUUCUGGAAUGUUGAAAAGUGUAGGAGUAAGUGUUUAAGGCUAAGUAGAGUUUAGAUUAGAUUCCUUCAUUGAUAUUUAGCCACUUUGUGUCGCAUCUACCCUUCAUUAUCAGUGUUUUCCUCUCCUAUCCAAUCAAGGAAAGCUGUGUAAGAUUCAUGAGGGAGAUAAAUUAACUGUUUAACAGUGUAUUGUGCAAGGCUUCUCAGCAGGUUAAGAGUUCAUAUGAGUGAAAUUUACAAUCCGUCCCCUUGAUUUUGAAGGAACAACUGCUGAGACUUAUAUAUGUACCGUUUAUUUCCCAUUUUCUUUUGGAUGGGCAUCCACUGUGCAUAUAUUGCUAUAGGUCAUUUUAUUUCAAAAUGCAUCAGAAAGUAAGACAACAAAUGUUUAAAUAUUAGGCUUGUGCAUUGAAACUGAUCUAACACUAUUACGCAGACAUGGUGACAUUAUUAAAACUGAUAAUGUAACAGAUAAUUUUGCCCUAAGAGUCAACAUCGUCAUCGAUAUAACUAUAAGUAUCAGAGCUAGAAGUCAUUUCUAAGUUAUUAUUUAACUUAGAACCAACCUUUCAUUGCCUCUACUAUGAAAACAUUGUGCGUUGUUUGCUGUGUUUAUGCCAAGAUAUUGAUUUGGACACAGACAACUUUUAUCAUGCAUUGUGUUGUCAAGGUCAAUAGAUUUUUUUUUAUUAUUUCCUGUCUUUCAACUUGGGCAGAUGAAGUUUCUGGAGGAUAGUUUACAAGAUGGGCUAUAUAAAUGUUGACAAAUAUGCUAAAUUGCUAACAGGGCAUUUAAUUAAAAUAAGCAUUACAAAGAAAUGGCUUAUUUUAACUUGCAGCAUCCAUUUGAGCCUCCACUUUAUAAAGAAAAUCCUGAGCUGCAGAUUCAAAGGAAAUCUACCAAGAAAGAAUAUAAAACAAGAGGAGUUUUACCGGAGCAACACAGAUGUAUAAACUUCAGAUUUUAUUUUAAAGUGCCAACAUAAGGGACUAACGUUUCGACGUUCUGCCACGUCUUCUCUUCUCUACUAGACUCUGACGAAGACGUGGCAGAACGUCGAAAUGAUGGUCCCUUAUGUUGGCACUGUAAAAUAAAAUCUGAAGUUUAUACAUCUGUGUUGCUCCGGUAAAACGCCUUUCUCUUGCUAUAAUUAGUCCUCUCCCGUUGACGCACCAGUUAUUUAAUUACAGAAGUGCAGAGGAACGUUUUUCGAAAGAAUAUAAAACCUCAUGGGUAGUUUGUCAGACAGCUGUACUACCAUGACAUCACACCCAACAUCACCCAUAGAAUGCUGACAUCCGAUCAGCAAAGCAAAUACGCAAAAUCAAACUCUUCAUCAGUAUACCAGUUUUCCCCAAGAUGCAUGAGUGGAAGUUGAAAUUCUGAGCUUUCCAUAACGAUACUGCACUCAAAGUGCAAGGAUGACAUUUAUAUUUCUUUUUUCCUCUUGCAUUGUCUGAGGUACCUAUUUGCAUUUUCUGUGAUGACCCAGCUCUCUCUGGGUAGAGCCCUGUAUGCUGGAUUUGUUUCCAUGUCCGAUGGAAUAUUGCAGUUAUAGCACGGUAUGAACUUCAUGCUUCUACUUUACUAAAGGUAUGCCAGCAUAAAAAUGGUCAUAAAAAAGCAUACACCCUGAACAUUUUUUUCAUGCAGGCAUUUUAACUUACAAAAGAUUGCAUCUUUCAUUUCAGCUAAAUAACAUGCCUUGUCUGUACCAUUUAAGUUCAUGAAUUUAGAGUUAGAAUUUUGCAAGAACAAACCUUUGGUAAAUCCGGACCUGAACUUCAAAGACUACUCCAUUGUAACUUUCAAUCUCCUCUCUCACAAAACAAUACAUAGGAGACUUUUGGAAGAAAAACAAAUUAUGUAUGUGAAGCUAUACAGUGACUUCUAGAACACAGACCUGUGCUAUUUCCUGCACUGGGUCACACAUAUACUAUGAAUACUCUAACCAAGAGUCGGACACAGAACUGUUCUAUUGCAUCAUUUAUGUAUGUUAUGUUUUUAAAGAUGAACUCAAAUAAAAUAUGUUAAUCGUUACAGUUA